AUGCAAGUGACCGAAGGAUUCUACAAAAGAAUUAACCAAAUUCGCAGAGAAUUAUUAUCAAUUUCGAGAGAAGUACAAGUAGUCCUGGAUAAAACGGGAAUACAUCUGAUAGCCGAAGGCAAGACGGUCAACCUGGUGGAACCCGCGAUCAGUACGAGAAUAAUGCGAGAGGACGAUUCCUUGCUACCAUAUGUCAUGGAUGCCGUGACCGCUGUGGAGGAAGAAUAUGACCUAACAGAAGCCGUACCAGGUCAUGACGCAACCGGAUUGUUAUCUAUAGCAACAAAUCUGAACAACUCUAGCGGACAACAAAUGAAUGUUUACAGAAAACUUGGGGAAUACAUAUACAACACCCAACAGGAACUAACAGCUACGGCACUCAAGCAAGAGCUGGAGGAAUAUUCUCAACGAAACGGUACACAGACACACACGAUAGCCCUAAGGGCAAGGUGGCGAACAGAGGUAGUAGUUGUACCAAGUAGAUUAUGUGCCACCAAUUGGGUGAAAUACAAG